AAUCUCCCUUAUUUUUCUGUUCGUCAAUUUCUUAAUUUUUCUACUUCAUCUUCUUCCUUUUUUUAAUUUUCUUUUUUCUUUGUUUUAUCCCUCUUGUUUAUGAACCCUAGAAAUUCGAAACAUCUUCCUCAUUUGACAGAGAAAGUCGAGAGAGAAUUCUAGAGAGAGAAAGAAAGAACUAUAUUUCCUUUCCAUUUCAUUUUGAUUUGAUUUGAUUUGAUAAUGGGGUUUGAGUUUUUCUGACUGAUUUCUUUCUCUCUCUUCUCCAAUUAGUUCUGGGGAAAAAAACGGACGAUUUGAUUUGAGCAUUUAAUCUUUACCCAUCAUUAAAUUGUUCGUUUUGGAAGAAGAUGGCUGGAUCGGAUGAGAACAAUCCGACUAUAAUCAAUCACUCUAUCGUUCAAGAAGGCGGUUUGCAAACAAGAAGUAGAAAGGCAAUGCCACCAAUUGGGCAUAAUAGGAGGGCGUUGAGGGACAUUAACCGCAACAUCAUUGGAGCUCCACUGCAUAAUGCAAUCAACAAAAGAACCAUCUCUGAGAUAGAUGAUGGUUGCGGAAAGAUUCCGCCGAUUCCAGGUCACCGCCCAGUGACUAGGAGGUUUGCGGCAGAGAUGGCUAAUAUGCAGCAUUAUGUGAUUGAGGAGAUCAAGGAACCAAUUGGAUGUGAGUCAUCUGUACCUAUGUUUGUGCAACAUACUGAAGCAAUGCUCGAGGAAAUUGAUCGUAUGGAUGAAGAAGUUGAAAUGGAAGAUGUUGACGGGCCGAUAAUGGACAUUGAUAUUGCUGAUCAGGAUAACCCUCUAGCAGUAACCGAGUAUGUCGAUGAUAUCUACACUUAUUACAAGAAAGUGGAGAGUACUAGCUGCGUUCCUCCAAAUUAUAUGGACAGGCAACCUGACAUUAAUGAAAAGAUGAGAGCCAUUCUAAUUGAUUGGCUGAUUGAGGUCCAUUAUAAGUUUGAGCUCAUGGAGGAGACGCUAUAUCUGACAGUCAACCUGAUUGAUCGCUUCUUAGCAAUUAAGUCAGUUGGUAGAAAAAAGCUUCAGCUAGUAGGUGUCACAGCAAUGCUUCUGGCUAGCAAAUAUGAAGAGGUGUCAGUUCCGGUUGUUGAAGAUCUGGUACUGAUAUCUGAUAGGGCUUAUAGUAGGCAAGAAGUUAUUGAUAUGGAGAGACUGAUGAUCAACUCCUUACAGUUUAAUUUGUCGAUUCCCACCCCAUAUGUCUUCAUGAAACGAUAUCUUAAAGCAGCUGAAGCAGACAAAAGACUCGAAAACCUGUCGUUCUUUUUGAUUGAGCUUUGCCUGAUUGAGCAUGAAAUGCUCAAGUUCCCACCUUCUCUAUUAGCAGCAGCAGCAGUAUUCAGUGCUAUGUGCACUAUGAGUGGGUCUAAGCAUUGGAAUAAGACCUGUGAGUGGCACACUGGUUAUUCUCAAGAUCAGUUGAUGGACUGUUCAAGGCUGAUGAUUACUUUCCAUCAGAACGCUGCAUCAGGAAAGCUCACUGGUGUUCAUCGGAAGUACAACACUUCUAGAUAUGGCUACACAGCAAAAUGCGAACCAGCUCUUUUUCUCUUAGAGACCAUUGGGUUCAGUGGGGUAUGGCGUUAAGGACUUCAAAGCAACUGAAGUUGUGCGCCCCCUUCUCUUCUACUUGAACAUAGUUCUAUUGUGCUGGAUCAUUGCGUGAUCCGCUUUAAUUUUCCUGUUCUAUAUUAGGAUUGAAAUGCUUUCCUCUGAAAGCAUCUCUAAGACACAUUCUUCAGCUUGUAUGUCAUGUCAUAGUUUAUUUACUGUGAAUUAUGUUUGAUAAAACCUUGUGUUAGUUUAAGUUUAACUGUUUCUUUGAUCCUCCUAAAGAUUAAGCUGUUUGGUAAAA